AAGAAGCAGGAUCUCUUUGAGUCCACACGUAGACUGUUGUCUGUUUUCUGACAAAGUUUGAUUAAUUCCAGUGUCGUCUGCCCUUGGUCGUCGGCUCUUCGCGCAUCACUGGGACCAAACAACAAUCUGCUGUUCCAUCUAUAAAACUCUUCCUCCUGUAGUGAAGCUCCUCUUUCCUUUCAGUUCAGCUAUAAAUACUGCCCUUCCCAUCUGGAUGAAGUGAAAUCUGCAAAGAGAGUUUAUUGAAGGACAGAGAGAACAUGAGUGAUCCAGGACCCUGCAGAAUUAAACAGGAGGAGACCGAGGACAGAGAGAACAUGUGUGAUCCAGAACCCUGCAGAUAUAAACAGGAAGACACAGAGAACAUGAGUGAUCCAGAACCCUGCAGAAUUAAAGAGAAAGAAACUGAAGAACAAACAGAUGUAAAAGAGAGUGAGGAGAGCGAAGAUGAGGAACGAAGUGAUUUAAAGAAAAGAAGACGGAGCAAAUGUUUGACCUGCAGUCAGUGUGGGAAGAGUUUUGAUUGUAAAAGCUAUUUUAGGAUUCACAUGAUGAUCCACAAUGGAGAGAAACCAUUUAACUGCACUCAGUGUGGGAAGAGAUUCAGACAAUCGUCACACCUCAAUCGACACAUGAUGAUCCACACUGGAGAAAAGCCGUUCACAUGUACUCACUGUGGGAAGAGGUUCAGAUAUUCAUUAAAUCUUAAUCUACACAUGAUGAUCCACACUGGAGAAAAACCACACAAAUGUGAUCAAUGCAGCAAAACAUUUUUGUCGGCUACGCAGCUGAAGGACCAUCUUAGAGUACACACAAAGGAGAAACCUUAUUCCUGUUCUGCGUGUGAAAAGACUUUUACACUGCAGUCAACUUUGAUAAAACAUCAGAAGAUCCACACUGGUGUGAGAGAGUUUGUGUGCUCUGAAUGCGAGAAGGCUUUUGUUACAGCUGGACAACUGAAACAGCACCAGGUGAUUCACACUGGAGAGAAACCUUACAUGUGUUCACACUGCGACAAGAGAUUCAGUCAAGUGCAAAACCUGAAAAGACAUGAGAUAAUUCACUCUGGAGAGAAACCGUACAAGUGUUCACACUGCGACAAGAGCUUCACUCAGUUACCAAACCUAAAAUGUCAUGAGAGGAUUCACACUGGAGAGAAACCCUACAGAUGUCAGCAGUGUCUGAAGCGGUUCACACAGUUGUCACAACUUCAAAAACACACAAACAUGCACAGAAAAGCAGGACACUUAGCUUAAAUGGAGCACAAAAAAGACUGAAUGUGGAAAGUCUAUUCAUUUACCUUUAACAAUAUUUCUUUAGUUUGUCGUUCAUCUCUUUCUAUGAAUACUACAUUUAUCUAAUAUGUCAGGAUACAAACUUUAUUUCUGCAGAUCUGGAUAUUAAAAAUUGAAUCAAUGGUGUAGAUGUGCGUUAGAUAUUGGUGGAUGUAGAUGUAGUUGCUUUUGAUAUUGGUAGGGACCUAAUUUAUAGAGGUGUGAACCUAUACUGAUCUUACGGUUCGGUUACGAUUAUCAUGCCAUCGAUUCGGUUGCUCGCUCGGGAGCGAUAUUAUGAGACAGCCCACUCCUGUUAAAAUUACACCAGAGUUACCGAAUGCUGUCGUGCUUUAUUUGGAAAUUUAUAAGGAAUACAUACAGCCGAGAGGAAAAGAGAGGGAAGUGAAAGUCACGCCAGCAGGUGAAAUGGGCCACAGUGAGAGAGAGAAAUGGGAGUACUUUCAUUCCCUCAAUCGCAGAGAAAUAGGGGCUUCUGCUGUAAGUGCCAGUGAAAGACUUUCCAGAAAACACACACUCACUGAAAUUUUUGAAGUAGUUGGCGCCUGUAGUGUUGUAAAAUACCCGCGCUCGCCUCCCUCGCGACAGAGCGCAUAUGAGAUAAAUGACGUCAGUACAUAAUAACCGGUUAUUAUUAUUACUGAAACGAUACCGAAUUGUCCGCGUCUGUAUUGCGGUGCACCGAAUUAAUUUUGACACCCCUACUAAUUUACAUGAUUUUACUUUGUGUAGGAAUGAAUGCAGAAUUAUGGGAAGGGUGAGGCAUGACCAUUAACCAUUAUACUAUUAUAAUAGCUAGGGCUGCAACAACGAAUCAAUUAAAUCGAUGAAAACGAUUACUUAAAGCGUUGGCUACAAAUUUCAUCAUCGAUUCGUCGUGUCACGCGACACGGAGACGUUUGAUUAUUAAAAAAAAACUUUAGUUCAGCGCGGAGCGGAGUGAACACGGCCUCUUUCGUGCACUGAUACAGAGUUCGGCGCCUCAUAGACAGGGAUGAGGAGGAAGGGAGUUCAACAGCAGGGUCUUACUUUUGUUCCGUUUUGAAGUGAGGACCAUAAAGCCCCUGUGCUGAUGUUUACUUGUUAUCCAGCUUGACAAGUUAGCGUUAGCUCGUUAACCUUUUAGAGCGGCAACUGAGAAAAUCAAACUGAACUUUAGCGCGACGUCUGACUGAUGAAGUGCUUCUUUUUUUAUUAUUGUUUUUCUUCGAAAACAAAACCAGCUUAACCCUGCUGAGAAAGACAUGUCAUAUUAUCACAACUAUGUAGCGUUUUACACAUGUAAAUACACACAAGUACUAGUAAAACAAUACAUUUAGAGUUUGUAAAACACACAAGGAACUCUAACAAUCCAUUCGAAUAUAAUUUGCCGAUGUGUUUUAUUCAUAUCAGAUACACAUUACACAUAGUGAAAGUAACUAAAGUUCAAUCUACUCUUCUCCAAGUUCACCAGCCACUUACUUGCAGGUACUUGAGGAGUAACUGGUGAAUUUACGUGCUGAAUCCUGCGUGUUCUGCUUUUUAUGAAUGAGGCAAAACGUGCGGCCGCAAGUUAAAAUGGCGUCGACCAUCUCAUGUUAUAGAUCAAGAUCACUUACACGUUUGUGUGAACUCGUAAAACUUCUGUUCGAGAUCUCAUUAGGAUUAUUUUUCUAACCCAAUUCACAAAUAAUUUAACUUAAGCAAUCACUUAAUUUUGAGUUUUGUUUUCAGAAAACAAGACAUAAUUUCUUAUGCUAUUUCAUGUCUAGUAUGUAUCUUGAUUUUAAAAUAUUUACAUAUUUGGAUCGAUAACAGGACAAAGCUAUUUUUAUGAUAUGCUGUAAUAAAUUUGAAUGUCAGUGUUUUUUAUAAUUUAUCGUGUAUAUGUAGUAGGGCUGGACAAUAAUACGAUAUCAAAAUAUACGCGCUAGUUUUUUUUUUCAAUAAUGGUUAUAUGAUUUUUAACCCCAUUUCCA